CAUAAUCAGUCUUUCGGUGACCGCGCGUCAGUUCACAUCGUUUCAGUUUCGGAUUACUGUUCCGGAUUGCCUGUGCAGCAGUCAAACUAGGCAAAUCGAGCCUGGUCAGGUUUUCAACAGAACCGAAUUUCCCUUUAAACUCUUAUCGGCACUUGCUGACCCCAAAAAGCGGUCAGAACUGGAAGACAGAAGCAGAAAAAGUGCAUUCCUAUCGAUCAAAAAGAAUUAAGGGAACUGUGUCAAACGGAAAAGUGCAAGUGUGGAAGUCUUAUUUCUUCCUUAUUUCGAAAGUGUGUUUCAAGUGCGAUAACAUAAGAGACUUGCAGGCAGCAGCAUAAGAAAGAACGCAAAGCGCAAAGCAGAACGGCUAAUUUUGGACUGCUGCUAGAAUCUCAGCCGGAGAUCAACCAUGCUGCAGCAAAGGAUUAUUUUUGGAGCACUUUUGGUUCUAACGGUCGCUGGAUUCUACUACUUGACUGAUGCCUGUGAACUGGAUCAAACACAGCACGGCUGCCGGAUAGAUAACGGUCAAUGUACAUGCUCAUUUGGCUGUAAGUCGGAAUUUCGAUACGCAACCCGGAAGGAGUGCCAGGAUGCGUUGAAGGGUCGAUCGAGUGAUGUCUGCAGCCGAUCUCCGUGUCUAAAUGGUGGCUCGUGUGCCCAAAUAUCUCCUAUGCCGCAGUACAAAUGCCGUUGCGAAGGUACCGGAUAUUGGGGAAAUCGAUGCCAACGAUUGUGUCCGAAACCGGAACAGAUCACAGCUGGAGCCAAAUUCCCGCAUGAGUGCGUAGUGAUCUAAGGCAGCAAUUUAAGGCCGUAUUAUGAAACCCAAAGAAUAAGAAAUCUUAAUCAGUGGAACUUUUUACUAGCCAUAACGCACUCCCUCAUUAACGACACACGAGCAAACAAGGAUUCGGAAAGCUAACGACGACGAUUUCAUCCGUGAAGUCUCUGAUAAGAAUAGUGCAUCAUAUCUGCUCAGGGCAGCGGUCAGAUGUCGAUUUCCUUCUUGAAGCCACAACAGCACAUCAGCAGUAUACACACAGUUGUGUUAUUAAUAACUUAACCCCAAGCUCCUGGAAGCAGCAACGAAAGCCCGGACUUCGUUUGUAUAGUUUUCGAAAUGUGCAUCGAGAACGAUUGAUAUUGAUAAGAAACGUUGUGUUGACCGGUUUAUAGCACAUUUUAUGGAACUUGUGGAGCAAUUUUUCUUUUUUUCCAUCAACAAAUCUAGAAUAAAUAAUAUUGGUUGUGUAAGUUUUAGUUUGUAAUAAUUUGCAAAUAAUAUUUAAAUAAAAUUUUAUCAAAAACAAACAAA